CCGGGUUUCCGCGCGAAAAGACGGGCCCGCGCGCCCGAAAGUGCUUAUAGCGUCCAUUGCAAGCUCCUGCACGCGCCACGGACGGUCACACGGUGGAGCCGCGCUGUCGUCGACACUGGCGGGUUUUAAACACGCUUUUAAACUGGGUUUUUAAAAAAACAAAAAAAACAACGCGGAUUCAUUUUGUGAUCUUUCCCUGUCCUAAGCGCUUUAGCUAGCUCGUUUCGCCAUGCCUGCCAGGACCUCCCCGUCUCUGCCGGAGGAUGUCAGGAAGAGGCUGCAGGUGCUGGAUGAGGACGGUUCCUCAGGCGAGGACCAUGUGAAAGAGAAGCUCAAGUUGGUGCAGGACUUCCUGCAUGUUGAUGCUCAGGAUCAGCUGAGCAGCCUGGAGGAGAAGAUGAAAAGUUCUGAGAUCUCAAAGGAGGUUUACAUCUCCAAAGUAAAGGCCUUGCUGGGAAAAGAGCUCAAUGUUGAAAAUGGUUCACACGGCGCUGACGGUGCGGAGCAGAACGGAAAGACAAAUGGUUUCACAAACGGUUCCCACAAAGAGGAGGACGGAGAGGACGCAACCAUGGACGUGCAGGAGGAAGAGGAGGCCGUCAAGUCACCAACUGCUCCCAAGGGGAAGGGUGGACGCAGAAGCAAGGCGAAUUCUGACUCCAAAAAGUCUCCGGCCAGCACCAGGGUUACAAGAAAUGCUGGGAAACAGCCAACCAUCAUGUCAAUGUUCUCUAAAGUUCAAAAGCGCAAGUCUGAAGACUUGAAUGGAGAAUCUACUAAUGGGCCCAAUGAACCGAAGAAGGAGGAGGAGGAAGAUGAUGCCGAAGAGUCUCGGGAGGAGAAACGUCUCAAAGUGGAAUCCAAUGAAACUGCUGCUCCAGAGGAAACAAAGAGUGAAAAUAUUAAGACGGUUUCUGCAAAGACACCACCACCAAAAUGUCCAGACUGCAGACAAUACCUGGAUGAUUCAGAUCUGAAAUUUUUUCAAGGGGAUCCUGAUAAUGCGCUGGAUGAACCUGAGAUGUUAACAGACGAGCGCCUCUCCUUGUUCGACUCGAACGAGGAUGGAUUUGAGAGUUAUGAGGAUCUGCCACAGCACAAGAUUACGAACUUCAGUGUGUAUGACAAGCGUGGCCACCUUUGUCCAUUUGACGCUGGACUGAUUGAGAAAAACGUAGAGCUCUACUUCAGCUGUGUUGUCAAACCCAUCUAUGAUGACAACCCUUGCUUGGAUGGUGGUGUUCCUGCAAAGAAGCUCGGCCCCAUCAAUGCCUGGUGGAUCACUGGUUUUGAUGGAGGAGAAAAGGCUUUAAUUGGAUUCACUACAGCUUUUGCCGAUUACAUCCUAAUGCACUCGAGUGAGGAGUACGCGCCCAUCUUUGCACUGAUGCAAGAGAAGAUCUACAUGAGCAAGAUAGUGGUGGAAUACCUCCAGAAGAAUCCCGACGCGAGCUAUGAGGACCUUCUCAACAAGAUCGAGACAACCGUGCCUCCCGCGGGGCUGAACUUCAACUGCUUCACGGAGGACACACUCCUGCGCCACGCCCAGUUUGUGGUGGAGCAGGUGGAGAGCUACGACGAGGCUGGCGACUCUGACGAGCAGCCCAUCAUUGUCACACCGUGUAUGAGAGACCUGAUCAAGCUCGCCGGAGUCACACUAGGGAAGAGGAGAGCUGCCAGACGACAGGCCAUUCGUCACCCAACAAAGAUAGAGAAGGACAGCAAGGGGCCGACGAAGGCGACCACGACCAAGCUGGUCUACCAGAUCUUUGAUACCUUCUUCUCCGAUCAGAUAGAGAUGACCGACAAAGAGGCCGGGGCCAAAAGACAGCGCUGUGGUGUCUGUGAGGUGUGCCAGUCUCCUGAUUGUGGCAAGUGUCCAGCCUGCAAGGACAUGAUCAAAUUCGGAGGUGGCGGCAAAAGCAAGCAAGCUUGCAAGCAGAGGAGAUGCCCAAACCUUGCAGUGAAGGAGGCUGAAGAUGAUGAGAUUGUUGAAGAGGAUGUUCCAGUGGAGAAGCCAAAAAAGGUUUCUCAAGCCAAGAGGAAGAGGCAGAACCAGUGCAAACUGUCCUGGAUUGGAGAGCCGGUGCAGACUGAAGGAAAGAAGCGGUACUACAAGAAGGUGACUGUGAAUGAUGAAGUGCUGGAGGUGGGAGACUGCGUCUCGGUUUCAUCAGAAGAUCCAUCAACUCCUCUGUAUCUGGCAAGGAUCACAUCGCUGUGGGAGGACUCCAAUGCAAAGAUGUUCCACGCCCAUUGGUUCCUUCGCGGGGCUCACACGGUGCUGGGAGAGUCGUCCGAUCCGCUGGAGCUGUUCAUUGUGGACGAGUGCGAAGACAUGCAGCUCAAUUAUGUCCAAGGCAAAGUGGACGUCAUGUAUAAGGCCCCGUCUGACAACUGGUUUAUGGAGGGUGGCAUGGACAGUGAAAUCAAGGUUAUCGAAGAUGAUGGGAAGAGCUUUUUCUAUCAGUUCUGUUACGACACAGAUUUCGCCCGCUUCGAGACGCCUCCCAAGACCACGCCAUCUGAAGACUGCAAGUUCAAGUUCUGUGCCAGCUGUGAGAGGAUUAAAGAGCGUGAGGAGCGGGAAACUCCUCGUCCAUUCGAGCCCCUGGAGAGGGAAGACAACGACUCCAAGGCUCUCUACGCUCUGGCCUGCUUUAAGGGGGAGCAGUUCAAAGUCGGAGACGGCGUCUACUUGCCUCCUGAGGCUUUUAAUUUCAGUGUGAAGCCAGCUAGUCCAGUGAAGCGCUCCCAUAGGAAGGAGGACGUGGAUGAGGAUUUGUAUCCAGAGUACUACAGGAAGUCCUCAGACUACAUCAAGGGCUCAAACCAGGAUGCUCCGUCACCCUUCCGCAUCGGGCGCAUCAAGGAGAUCUUCUGUCACCGGCGUAGCAAUGGGAAACCCGAUUCGGCCGAGGUCAAACUGCGACUCUACAAGUUCUACAGGCCUGAGAACACGCACAAAGGCGUCAAAUCCAGUUACCACACGGAUAUUAAUCAGCUGUACUGGAGCGAUGAGGAAGUGACCGUCAGCAUGACCGAGGUGCUCGGCCGCUGUCAAGUAGAAUAUGCAGAAGACCUGAAUGAGUCCGUCCAGGACUUUUCCAGUGGUGCACCCGACCGCUUCUAUUUCCUCGAGGCCUACAAUGCAAAAUCAAAAAGCUUUGAAGACCCUCCAAACCAUGCUCGCUCAGCUGUGCAUAAAGGCAAGGGAAAGGGAAAAGGAAAAGGUAAAGGCAAAGGAAAGUCAUCCACUGCACAGGAGCCGCAGGACUCUCAGAAUGAGCCACAAGCUCCUAAAGUGCCUAAAUAUCGCACACUGGACGUGUUCUCUGGCUGCGGUGGACUUUCCGAAGGCUUCCACCAGGCUGACAUCUCCGAGACUCUGUGGGCCAUCGAGAUGUGGGAGCCCGCGGCGCAGGCUUUUAGGCUCAACAACCCCGGCACCACGGUUUUCACAGAGGACUGCAACGUCCUGCUGAAGCUGGUCAUGUCCGGAGAGAAGACGAACUCCCUCGGCCAGAAGCUGCCUCAGAAGGGGGACGUGGAGAUGCUGUGUGGAGGACCUCCCUGCCAAGGGUUCAGCGGGAUGAACCGCUUCAACUCUCGCACUUAUUCCAAAUUCAAGAACUCACUUGUGGUCUCCUAUCUCAGUUACUGUGAUUACUACAGACCCAAGUUUUUCCUGCUUGAGAAUGUGAGGAACUUCGUGUCAUUCAAAAGUUCCAUGGUCCUGAAGCUGACUCUGCGCUGUCUUGUGCGCAUGGGCUACCAGUGUACCUUCGGUGUCCUUCAGGCUGGUCAGUACGGCGUCGCCCAGACCCGUCGCAGGGCGAUCAUCCUGGCUGCAGCUCCCGGAGAGAAGCUUCCUCGCUAUCCUGAGCCUCUGCACGUGUUUGCUCCCAGAGCUUGCUCUCUGAACGUGGUGGUGGACGAGAAGAAAUACGUCAGCAAUGUCACACGAGGCAAUGGAGGAAUCUACAGAACCAUCACUGUCCGAGACACCAUGUCCGACCUGCCAGAGAUCCGCAACGGUGCAGCUUCGCUGGAGAUCUCCUACAACGGGGAGCCUCAGUCCUGGUUCCAGAGGCAGAUCAGGGGGACGCAGUAUCAGCCGAUCCUCAGAGAUCAUAUCUGCAAGGACAUGAGUGCUCUGGUUGAGGCUCGGAUGCGUCACAUUCCAUUGGCUCCAGGCUCCGAUUGGAGGGAUCUGCCCAACAUGGAGGUUCGGCUGAAAGACGGCACCAUGACCAAGAAGCUGCGUUACUCACACCCCGACAAAAAGAACGGGCGCAGCAGCACCGGUGCACUCAGAGGCGUUUGCACUUGUGCUGGAGGGACGCCAUGCGACCCUGCAGACCGGCAGUUUAACACUCUGAUUCCCUGGUGUCUGCCCCACACUGGUAACCGUCACAACCACUGGGCCGGACUAUACGGCAGACUGGAGUGGGACGGCUUCUUCAGCACAACCGUCACCAACCCUGAACCCAUGGGCAAGCAGGGCCGUGUUCUGCAUGCUGAGCAGCACAGAGUGGUCAGUGUGAGGGAGUGUGCUCGCUCUCAGGGAUUCCCCGACACCUACCGCUUCUUUGGAAACAUCCUGGACAAACACAGACAGGUUGGCAAUGCAGUGCCACCUCCACUCUCCAGGGCCAUCGGCCUAGAGAUCAAGAAGUGUGUCCUGGAGAGAAUUAAGGAAGAACAAGCAUCAGAGAACAUCAAACAGGAGAAGAUGGAAGAUUAGCCCCCUCGUCACCUUCCCAGCAAGAAUCUGUUCCACAAACCCUGACGCUGUGACGCGUCCGGCUGUCAUUUCCUUUUAAAUAAGCUUUCAACUGUGUCACCAAGUGGCCACCAUGGACAUUAUGUGCAGUGCCGUUCCAUGUUUUAAAUGUGCUUUUAAUCAUUGUUGGGAAAUGUUCACCUAAUACAGGAUAAAUUGUAUGUAGUUUUUAUAUGUAAUAUUUCAAAUAAAGCUCUUAAAUCGA